UAUCCUUAUCGAUUCUAUUAUCGCUACCUAAGUACGUAGAUCCAGUGCCCAGUCCAAAGGGAAGGGAAAUCCUGCAACGGGAAUCCUGCGAAUCCUUCGGUAGCUGAAAAUAAGACGGGAUAUCUAGGUACAGUUACUAUAAACAACCCGACGAACCAUUGGCUGCAACCUUCACCAUCAUCAUAGUCACCGCAACAUGUAUCGCCUCCUCUGCUCCCUAUCACUACUUGCCUCUGCCGCUGUCGGCGCCCUGGCUUCCGACCUCAAGAUCGACGUAACUCUCCCCGUCGAAUGCGAGCGCCAAACCAAGAAAGGAGACACCAUUGAGGUUCAUUAUCGAGGCACCCUGGCCUCCAAUGGCAACAAGUUCGAUGCCAGCUAUGACCGUGGCACGCCCUUCGUCUUCCCGCUCGGCGCUGGCAGAGUAAUCAAGGGAUGGGAUGAAGGUCUUUUAGAUAUGUGCAUCGGGGAGAAGAGAACUUUGACUGUUCCUCCCGAGAUGGGAUACGGAAACCGCGGGAUGGGCCCUAUUCCCGCCGGUUCCACGCUAGUUUUUGAGACCGAACUCAUAGGAAUCAAGGGGGUACCAAAGCCUGAGACCAUCGUAACAAAAGCUACCGCUAGUUCUAGCGAGGAGGCCGCGGCCGAGACCGAAACGGGCACCGGCACUGCUGGAAAAGUUGCCGAGAAGAUAGGGGAGGCAGCAGAGGUUAUUGGUACAAUGUUGGCCGACACCGACGACGUUCAGGAACAUAACGAGCUAUAAGUUGAGGAUGGCGAACCCAUAUCGCAGGUUCCAUCAGCGCGUGUCUGUUGAAACUAUUGCGCUGCAGUCCACCGUGGCCCUUCAAAGAGAAAAGCUGCUCAGGCAAUAUCGUUGUCAUCGGCUCCCUCUCUCUGUGGCCUGCCAAGUAGUAACAGGACUAGUUUUCUGGUUUCGACUUCAGCGUCUGACCUAUGGUUGUAAACUGCACUUAUUGCGCUCGGAAGUGUACACAGCGUGAAAUAUACUGGCUCGAAGCCAUAUAGAAGUAAAUCGGUAGAUGAGAAGAUGACUAUAUCACCAGCUUCUCCCUACAGCACUUGGGAAAUAACCAGCUAUUCCAGGAGCCGAUGAAAAUGAAACCAGUCUAUACCAAGCUGAAGCCCUUUGGCGACAUAUCCAGGCUACACCUCCAGUAGGUCGAUAACCUAUUUAGGAAGAAUGCAAACAA